UCAUCCAGCCAGCAGGUGGCGCGGUGCGUUGUUCGCUCCUGAACAUUCCAAGCUGUUUCUCGGUCUCAAACGCUCUUUGUGUCGCUCCUUGUUGUUUGAAUACAAAUAUUUUGUUGAUUUUUCUAUUUUUUUAUUUUAAUAUAUAUAUUUCUGUUGCUCUUUCGCCAUGGGUUGUGACGGCGGGACCAUUCCAAAACGACACGAACUCGUUAAAGGACCCAAGAAAGUGGAGAAGGUUGAUAAAAAUGCUGCACUGGUUGCCCGCUGGUACUACUGCGCUCUUACUCAGGAGAAGCUGAACAGACCCGUUGUCUCCUGUGACCUGGGAAGGCUGUACAACAAAGAUGCUGUUAUUGAGUACCUGUUAGACAAGUCUGCUGAAAGACCCAACAUGGAGGUUGCAGUGCACAUCAGGGGUAUCAAGGAUGUGAAGGAGCUGAACCUGACUGAUAAUCCAGCCUGGCAGGGAGACAGAGCGAACACCAAGGGGGAUCGCUAUGAGGACCUGCACCGCGCUUGCUAUAUCUGCCCUGUGGUCGGGCUGGAGAUGAACGGGAGACACAAGUUUUGUUAUCUUCGAACCUGUGGCUGUGUGUUUUCUGAGCGUGCCCUAAGGGAGGUUAAAACUGAGAUUUGCCACAAGUGCGGCGACCCGUUUCGGAACAGUGACAUUGUGAUUCUCAACGGGAGCAAGGAGGAGGUGGAGGAGCUCCGUAAGGGGAUGGAAGAAAGGCGAGCCAAAGAAAAGCCGGGAAAGAAAUCUAAGAAAUCCAAGGCAGCAGAAACAGUUUCCAAAUCAGAAGCUUCAAAAGAUAACCCUGGCCCCUCUAAAACUACGAAGAAUGAACUCAAGACAGCCACUGUCAAUAAAGCCGAAGACAGCAGCGCAUCAGCCCCUGAACCUUCCACUUCAACAGCAGUGUCCAUAAAACCCGUUGCCGCUGCUGGCAGCAAGAGGCUCUUCUCGGGCAGAGAUGAGAAGUCUGAGACUUACAAAUCCCUCUUCACCUCCCACAGCUCUGCGAAGCGCACCAAGGACCAGACAUCCAACUGGGUCACCCACACGCCUUACCACUUCUAAAACAAAACUGUGCCCCUGCCCAGUGGAGCUGACCUCCUCUCUGUACCGAAUAAUAAUGACAAAAACAAAACGGAGAAAUGUAUGCCAUUGAUUGCCUUUUUAGACGGCCAUAGUGUAGUGUAGGGGAAAAGCAGGAUUUUGUUUUUUAGGGAUAGCACAGACAUUGCUUGUUUGUGUUGUGUGUGUGUGUGUUUUUUGUUGCUAUGCUAGUGGGAGUUUAGGAAGAGCCAGUUAGGACCUGGCUGAUAUGAAUGUAACAAUUAAGGAUUCCUAUUCUAAUCUCUCGUGUGAUACCCAGCCCUGUUGGAGGUGUGUUGCGUAUACGAAUCCAGCUGGUAAAGCCAUUCACAGCUCACUAGUGAACAAGGAGGAGUGGACAAGACUCUUUAUUAAAACAAAAUAAUUUAAAUAACAAAGGAGUGAAGUCAAUACAGUGGCAUCCAACCCAAUUACUGCAGCAAACUAGAGCACGCUGUGCAACGCUAUGACUAACUUUGUCAGCUUUUAAUGCGAAGUGAGAAAAUGAACGAAUCCUUUCUGUUGUACUUCUUUACAAAUCUGAUUAUUUCACUGUCUCCUUUGUAAAAAAACAAAUAAUAAAUAAUGAAAUAUCUUUGUUUUA